AUGACAUUGAAUAAUUCAUCUAGUAAAUGGAGUGUACGAAUCGAUCAUCUUCCUGCAUCUAUCAAUUACAUUAGACUAGCUCAAGAACUCCGUCUACCAAAAUCUCGUAUAUAUAUUCCGAAAAUUUUCAAGAAUAAUACUCCUUAUGCUUGGAUCAAUGAUUUUGCCGAUGAAGAAGAAGCAAAUGAAUUUGUACGCCAAUGGUCAGGGGCAUUCAUUCUGGGUCAGCAUAUCAUAUGUAUUGUAUCAUCGCCGAGAAGUAAUCAAUUUAAUUCACCUCGUUUAUCCCAGAAAUUACUAGCAUCUGGUAUUGAACCACUACCAAAUCAACAGCAUAGCUCUGGACUUUCGACACAACCUAAAAUAAGACGAGAAAAUUCUAAUGUUCUAAUUACAUCAGCACCGUCAUUUCAUCAUUCUAAUAAAGAUCAAGAUACAUUCCAGAACCUACAAAAACCAAAUCGUCCCUCAACAAGAAAUUUAUUGAAGAAUCAAGAUACUCAAGACAAACGUCCGUUAUGUCCUAAUGAGAAUAAAGGAGCAUGCCGACAGAAAAUUAACGAAUGCGAAUAUCGUCAUCAACGAUGUGUAAAUUACGAAUCAUGUACAAAUUCAAAAUGUGAAUUAGCUCAUGUAAGAGAAGACAAUAUGACAGACAACAAAGGAAAUCUGAAUACAUAUGAUCCAAGUCGCAGUAGAAGUGAUUCUAGUUCGUCAAUGAGCUCAUUACUCUCGAUGAGUUCAAUUCAGUCGACCUAUACAAGAUCGAAACUAUGUCUUAAUGGUAUAAAAUGCUUCAACGUGAACUGUAUUUUUAAUCAUCCCAACGGAUGGAAUCCUUGUAUUGAUGGAGAAAAAUGUGAAAAUUAUGAAUGUACAGCCAACCAUUCUUACAAACGAAAAGCAAAAUGUCAUGAUCAUAAUCAUUGUAAAGUUAGUAAUUGCAAAUUCUUACAUCCGAAAACGCGAGUCAAAGAAUGUUAUUUACGUGCAAAGUGUAAACGAUGGGAUUGUCCAGGAUUACAUCCACGUAUUCGAGCUCGACUAUGUCCUAAUAAAAAGAACUGUACAAAUCUGACUUGUUUAUGUCUACAUCCACCAGAACGUGAUAGAUUACUCUGUUUACUUGGAGUUGAUUGUCGUGAUCUUUCCUGUAGAUCAAAUCAUCCACCUGAACGACCACCAGUAUGUGAUAAACCGGAUGUAUGUCCAAACUUUAACUGCACUCAUCUUCAUCAACCAGAAUGGGAUCCAUGCGAAGCAGGAGAUGAAUGUGAAGAUAAACAAUGUUCAAAAAUUCAUUCAUUUGAACGCGACAUCACUAUUCAGCAAAAGGAAGCAGCAUCUCCUACUAACAUCAGCAUUAAAAACAAGAAUCAAAAAACUAAGAAAAAAUAUUUAAAAACUCUGGAGCAAAGAAUCAAAGAUCGUGAGAAAACUCAAUUACCGAUUUUAUCCUGCCAAGAGACAUUUUGUCAACGUCUUGAACAUGAACGUAUUUUAAUCGUCACUGCUGAGACCGGUAGUGGUAAAAGUACACAACUUCCCCAAUAUGCUGCUGAAUAUUUUGGUUCACUUGUCGUUUGUACUCAACCACGUGUUGUUGCUGCACUGUCACUAGCUCGUCGUGUUGCAGAAGAGUACGAUGGAAAAUCAGUUGGUGAAUCAGUUGGAUAUCAAGCCGGCAAUGCAAAUCGUGUACAAGGAACUGAUAUUAUGUUCAUGACCGAUGCUGCACUUAUUCGAGAAAGUCAACGUGAUCCUAUUUUGAAACAUGUUCGUGUUUUAAUCAUUGAUGAAGCACAUGAUCGUUCAUUGAAUACCGAUAUUGUCAUUGGUAUUUCGAAACUUUUACUUGCACAACGUCCCGAUGAUUUCUAUGUUGUUAUUGCUUCGGCUACAAUUGAUCCUACUCAUUUUCUUCAGUUUUUCGAUCGUCCUACGAGUGCACUUCUGGAAGUAAAAGGUCGAAUUUUUUCUGUUAGCAAAGAUGAGAAACCGCCACCGUUAAACUGCUCCGAUCAAAAACUAAUCGUAUCACAUAUUGUUCCCUCGAUUGUCGAACUUUAUCCUCAUCAUCAAGGACAUACACUUGUUUUUCUUCCUGGUCAAGGUGAAAUUGAACAAGCACUAAAAAUAUUUAAAUCUAUGUUACCCGAUGAUUGUGUUGCACUUCCACUUUAUGGUUCACAAUCACCCGAAGAUCAAGAAAAAGUAAUUAAAUUUAAUGAAACAGACAAACGAAUGGUUGUUUUCUGUACUAAUGUUGCUGAAACAUCAUUGACUAUUCCAAAUGUUCGAUUAGUAAUUGAUUCUGGAUUAGUUAAAGAAGCUCAUUAUGAUGUAAAACGUCGUCUCACUGUAAUCGAAACUGUACGUAUUUCACGUUCUUCUGCUGAUCAACGUAAAGGUCGUGCUGGACGAACUGCAUCUGGGCAUUGUGUUCGUUUAUAUGAAGAUAAUGAGUUAAUACGAUCAAAUAUUGAACCAGAAAUUCUCCGAUCAUCACUCGAUCUUGUUCUAUUACAACUUAUUCGAUUGAACUUUGAUCCAAAAACCUUUCCAUUUAUGGAUCAACCACAUAGUGAUUCUAUCAGUCAUUCCUUCGAUCUCCUUACGAAACUCAAAUGUAUAGAUGAACAAAAGAUUACAAAAAGGGGCGAAUUGUUUACUGAACUUGCACUUGAUCCACGUCUGAGUGCUUUUAUCGUGGAUAUUUAUACCGAAUAUAAGAGUCUGUUAGAUCUGGCAGUUGCUAUAGUGGCGAUUCUAUCAGCUCCAGGUAUAGUUUUCUUCAUGGGUGGUGCGACACAAGAAGCAAAGCAAGAAGCAAAAGCACGUGUUGCCCUUGAAGCACACAAUCAUGAAAGUGAUCUUAUUCAUUUGUAUUCGGUUUAUGAUCGAUGGAAAAAUGCUGGUGGACAAGAAAUACAAGGCAAAUGUUCAAAAUGUAAUAGAUUAGUUAAAUAUUGUACAUGUCGAGUGAAACAUAGUAAUGAAAAUAGUUUAAAUAACAAAAUUCUACAACAUAUUGAUGGAUUAUGUACAUCGAUUAUCAAACAAAUCAGGAAUACUCGUUGGCUUCAACCUGGUCAUAAAAUGUCAGAAGAUGUAAUUAAAAUUAUUGGUAGUCAUCUUGCCAAACUCUUUUCUGAACAAUGUGGUUAUUUACUUGUUCCACAAUUACCAGUGGAAGGUGUUCGUUUAGUAUCAACUGAUAUUCGUGGAAAUAUUACCAACACAAGUGUAUUUAUGCAAAAGCUUCAUAUGAAUUCAGAUCGUGAACUUUAUCAACAUUUUGUUGCAAUGACCAUCACACAAUUACCAUCGGGAAGGUAUAUUAUUGAAAGACUUCAUCCGAUACUUAGAUCAGAUGUCACAGUACAGUCAUCUAUACAAAAUCUGAUCACGAUUGAAAAUAUCGGUUUUGAAUAUGGUUAUCAUUUGCAUCAAAAAUUAAAUACUUAUCGUUCGGAAUCAUGGGCAAAAUGGCUCGUUUAUCAUUAUGAUCGAUCUCAAUGCCGUUUCAUUCUCUGGGGUCUUGAAACAGAUCGAUCUACUGUUUUACCUAUUGUUCAACAUUCUCAAGACGAAACACUGAAAAAACUUUUCGAUGCGUAUGAAUUGUUAGAAUGUGGACCAAUUAAAGCAAAUUUUCAAAGUGGUCUAGUAUGUACACAUAUCAAUAAAAUGUCUGAUGCAUUAAAACUUCAUCUUCAAAAUGUUCCCUGUUAUACAAUGAAUGAAUUAAAAGAUUGGGUUAAAAAGAUCAUCGGUAUCGCAUGGAGUGAAAUUAAAGCACAUGGUUUUUACAACGUAAAAGUGGCAUCAGAGAUGAACAAUAAUGAUAAUCAAAAGAAAUAUGUAUAUCUUGUUUUCAAAAAUGAAGAUAUAUUUCGACGAGCGUCAAUCACAAUUCCUUCGUAUUAUAUGGUUGUUCAAGGAAAUAAUUUCGGUAGAUAUUAUGAUAGUGAAAAAGAAAGCUUGGGUAGAGAACUUGUGAUUCAAACUUCACCAAAUGUUACCGUCGAAGAUAUUAUCAAUCGAUACGGUGCUGAUGUGGUGAUAAAAUGUAUACAAUUGAAUGAAAAAUCUCGUUUAGAAUCGUUCAUUAAAUUAAAUAACUUGCCAAUCACUACUGAUGAAGCUUGUCUUCGUAAAUAUCUUCAAGAUUAUAAUGGUCCUACUCCCAAAUAUAUGUAUGUUGGACGUACGAAAAAUAAUGCAAGUGGAUGGGCAAAAAUAACAUUUUAUAAUGAUGAACAACGUAAUCAAGCUGCAACUAUCUAUGAAUCGAAACUAUGUCAGACUAUAUUUGGAAUAACUAUUAUGGGAAAAAGAGGUUUGAAACAAAAAUAUGUUCGAACUAGCGUAAUGAAGAAUGACGAUCCUAAUAUAAGACACAAUCAAUCGUCUUCUUUUCUUAGAAAUAUUUUUCUCAUCACUACGAUCAGUCGUGAAGCUGCACUACAAAUAUUUUCUUCCCAAACACGAAAAACAAGUAUGAAUCAGACAUCGACUACAUCUGUUUUUAAUGCUUGCGAUACAUCACAAUGGACGGUAGAUAGCUCAGCAACAGUAACUAUUCUUCGAACAGAUUUAUAUCCUAACUUUCAACAAACGAUCGAUGGUAUUUGUAAUAGAUUUCGUGUCCAAGUAAAAUGUAAACAUAUUCCAAACUUUGGUAAACGUUGUACAUUCAGUCAUGGAAGUCCUCAAAAGACAAGUUUAGCUGCUUCAAUGCUUUCGCAGACUUUUGCACCCAUCAAUAUUAUUCUGAAUACAGAACGACAGAAACAAUUAUUUCGUGAAUUGGAAGAAAUUGGUGAAAUACAAAAAUGGGCCGAGGAGUUAUGCUUAGCAAUCAAUCCGAAUAAAUAUUUUACGAAUAUUGAAAUUCGAGGACCACAAACAUCUCAAGGACAAUUAAUGCGACGAAUUGCUGAUUAUUCUGAUGAUUUCAAUAGACGUUUUCGUGAACUUGAACUCAGUGCAACUGUAGCGACAUUCUUUGGUCAACAAAAAUCAGCAUCGGGUAAAUUACAGCAGAUUGAUUCACGAUGGUCAUCGAAAUCUUGUUCGGUUUCAUUCAAUUCCAAAACAGCGACAAUUACAAUCAUUAGUAAACCAGAUGUCUCAUUAACAGAUAUGAACACUUGCGAAAAUGAAGUUUUACAACUUCUGAACGAGACAAUCGCUAGCACCGAUGAUACAGAAAGUGAUGAUGAAGAAAAAGAAGAAGAAGACGACAACAACGAUGUGAGAAUUGACAGUGAUGUGAUACGUUUUGGAACACGACGACUAGAACGUCGAUGUGUUUUUUGCCAUCAAAAAUCAUCUAUUUCUGCAAGUUUUUUUCGUAUUUGUGGUCAUACUUAUUGUCGCUGUGCUGCACAAGCUCUUGCUACAUCUCAUACGUUUCCUUUUCGAUGCAAAACUUGUCAAUCAAACAUUCACAUUCGUGAUAUUCAGAUUAUCUUUAGUAAUAAUGAACAAUUACUUCUACCUUUACUUAAAAGUUCCAUUCAGCAUUAUUUAACAACAAAUCCUCAACAAGAUGAUCGUAUCUUCUGUCCUAAUGAUGAAUGUAAUGGAUUAAUUAGACUUAAUAAUGGUUAUCAGACUUGUUUAACCUGUGGCCAAAAUGUUUGUCCCAGAUGUCAAGUUAUCGAUGAUGAACUUCAUGCUGAAAUGACUUGUGAUCAAGUCGUAGAAGAAAAGAAACGUCAUCCAUUCCUGUCUACACUUUUUGUUGCUGCAAAAAAAUUUGUCGAAGAUAAUUGGCCAUUUGAUCCGAUAGUACAACCAACUGGUCCAAUCUAUGAAAAUCCCUAUCUUAGAAAAGAAUAUGAAUCGUUAUCACGUUUUUAUGAAGGUAACAAAAGAUUAGGCCAUUCUUUUCCACCAGAUUUAGCCAAAGGAUUUUUUGCUUAUCAUGGAACACCUCUUGAAGCAAUUGAUUCUAUCUGUAAAACAGGCUUUGAUCCCAAACGUCGUUCAGCUCAAGCCUAUGGUCGUGGUGAAUAUUUUGGAGUCACAGCUGUUAUUUCACAUAGUUAUUGUCAGAAAGGAGGCAGUCAUGCAGGAUUUAGUCAAAUGAUCAUUGCAUUUAUUCUUCGUUGUACACAAGUUACAACAAAAGAAAAUUUUUGUUAUGUUGUUGAUAAUCCAACAGAUUGGACGUAUGCUUUUAAUUUGCCCGUGCUAAUUGUCACUUAUGGACAAUAUGCCGCUAAGCAACCUUCUCCUUUUCCUGCUGAGAUACCUUACUAUGUUGAUAAAGAAUCUAUUUGGAUUGCACCAUUUCGAUGGUAUUGUCAGCAAGAUAAUGGACGAUUUGAACCGUAUAAUGAUAUUAUGAAUGAACUACUGGAGAAAAUUUAUGAACAUUGGAAACUACAUGAUGGACCUGCCGAGAUCGAAACUCCACUAUUGACUCGCUAUUUAGAUGAUAUUUCUGAAACAUAUAAAAUUGAUUUUCAAAAAAAUAGACAAACAAAUACGAAAACGUUUUAUCAACAACCGAUUGAUCGUCGACUAAAAGAAAAGGAAGCUAAUUGUGCAAAUGUUGCCCUUUCUAUUGCAUACUAUGAUUAUGAUCAGGUAAAUUCCAGACAAAGUAAAAUUCAUACAAGAAACCUUUAUUGAAUAAUACUAAAAGAUAAAAUUUAGAAUUGAUUGUCGUUGAAAUGGAUGAAGUUGCUAUCAAUAAUUCCAAUUACCAAUAGGAAUUAUAGGAAUAUGAUUG